CUCGGCCAGCGCUUGACCUUCAUCAACCAACACCACAUUGCAAGCUCGCAGAUCCCGCAACCAUGACCCGACUGGAUGAAUGCGAAGACCUGAACCGAACGUUCCUGAGCUGUCUCGAGCGGGAAGGAUUCAUUGGCAAGCUGCUGGGGCGAUGCAAUCCGGCGCUCAUCGCCUUCAAGGAGUGCAGUGCCUACCAGAUGAAAAUCAAGAUCCGACAAAACCACGAGCAGGCCAAGGAGCGGAACGAGGGGUGGCAAAAGGCCAAUGAGGCGAUCGGUGUGAAGACGUUUGGAUUCCAGUCGCCCAAGGGCGACGUGUAGGAGACGCAACAAUACACCGCACCAGUCCCGACGAA